UAUGUCUACUUAUGAUAAGGUAAAAGGUUUAUGUUUCUGCCUCCAUAUGAUAUGGUAAAUAUAUCCAAUUCAAAAAAACAUCUCCAUUCUUCUAAAUGGUAUUAAUGUACAUUUGCAUUUAUUCCCGUUAAUUCCCAUAUAUUCCCACGGAAAGUUUCCACUGAAUAUUCCCCAAAAUGUGCAACCCUAUACAUAAGGCAUGGGGUUGAUUUUUAUUUCAUCUUUUCAUCCAGGAAUGGAGCUUGUUUGAUUGGAGAGCAGUUCUUAGUUCUGAAUGUUCUCAGUGUUUCUGGGCUGGAUUGGCUUGUGUCCGUGCCUCCUUCCUGCUGGAACAUCAGGGGUUUGUGGGGGGUGAUUCAUCUUGUCAUGCCAGCUCUUAUAAGUUCCCUCCAGCCAGGCAGCUAGAUGAGUCAGCGGAAGGAGCGCCGCGGGAUCCACGUGGACCAGUCAGAGCUGCACUGCAACAAGGGCUGUGGUUACUAUGGCAACGCAGCCUGGCAGGGCCUGUGCUCCAAGUGCUGGCGGGAGGACUACCAGCGGGCCCGGCAGAAGCAGAUCCAGGAGGACUGGGCCCUAGCUGAGAAGCUGCAGAGGGAGGAGGAGGUUGCCUAUGCCAGCAUCCAGGGGGCCCAGUCUCAGCCCCUGUCCCAGCCCCAGGCCUCUCUGGCGCCCUUCUCCAAGUUCGAGGAGAAGAAGACCAAUGAGAAGACGCGCAAGGUGACCACUGUGAAGAAGUUCUUUAGUCCCUCGUCACGGACAGCACCCAAGAAAGCCCCCACUGUGGGAGAGGAGAAGCUGACAGGCCUCAGGGACUGGAGAGGAAUGUUUACUCCCCCUUGGGAAAUGGGCUCUCCCACCGAAGAGAACCAGGAGGGCAAGACCCCCAGCCCCUCCAUCAGCCGCCAGUCAAGCAUUGAGACGGACCGCGUCUCCAGAGACUUUUUGGACUUCCUGAAGACCCUGCAUAAGCCCGGCCGUGAGGUCCACAAGCAGAGCCGAGCCUUCAUCGAGAUCAUGGCCAACAAAAAGGACUUGAGUGCUGACGAGCUGUCUGAGUGUGUCCAAGACUUCUACCAGAAUUUGUCCGACCGCCUCAUGACUCAUUUUAAAGGCUCUUCAGAGCGUGUGGAGCGAGUGAUGGACGAGGUGGAGAAGUACAUUAUGACACGCCUGUAUAAGAGUGUCUUCUGCCCCGAGACCACAGAUGAUGAGGAGAAAGACCUGGCCACUCAGAACCGGAUACGGGCGUUACACUGGGUGGACAUUCAGAUGCUUUGUGUGCCAGUGGAUGAGGAGAUCCCAGAGGUUUCAGACAACGUGGUUAAAGCCAUAACAGAUGUCAUCGAGAUGGACUCCAAGCGGGUACCCCGGGACAAGCUAGCGUGCAUCACGCGCUGCAGCAAGCACAUCUUCAGCGCCAUCAAGAUCACAAAGAGCGAGCCAGCCUCGGCCGACGACUUCCUGCCGACCCUGAUCUACAUCGUGCUGAAGGCCAACCCGCCACGCCUGCAGUCCAACAUCCAGUACAUCACCCGCUUCUGCAACCCAAGCAGGCUCAUGACUGGAGAGGACGGAUACUACUUCACUAACCUGUGCUGUGCAGUUGCCUUCAUCGAGAAACUGGACGCCCAGUCUCUCAACUUGGACCCCGAGGACUUUGAGCGGUACAUGUCGGGCCAGGCCUCUCCUUGCAGGCCUGAGGCAGACAGCGGCUGGCCCCAGGUGGACCCUCCUACUGGUUCUGCCACCUCCAGUCCCGCCCUAUCCCAGGUCUACCAGAACCUGGACCUCCUGUCUGGCCUGGGGAGCCGACAAGACAGGGUUCUGGAGGGGGUGCAGAGCCUGCAGAGAGACCUGAUCACCUGGCAGGAGACUGUGGAGCGAGAGGUGCAGGAGAUCCUGGAGAAGUACCCACUGGAGAUCCGCCUGCCCACUCCCUCCGCCAUUGACUCAGACAACGUGGAAAACGACCGGCUGCCGCCACCACUGACGCCCCAGGUGUUUGCUGGGUAAUGUCUCUGCAGAAUCGGAGGCAACAAAGGGCUUCUUGAACAAAUGACUGCGCCUCUCUAAUGUCUUGAGACGUCAUUGGCUCUUCACUUUGGUGAGGUUCAGGAAGUGGUAGCCACCUCCUGUCUCCACUGCUACGCUUUUAAACAUUCUCACAUACUGUAAGCCAAGUAGGCUUUGGUCCAUUUUGGCCCCUAGACCCUUUCCUGAUAGUAAGAUCUGUGAAUGCUAUCUCAGCCUGGUUAAAUUAAGCAUUAAUAGAUCAAAAGGGUGGACUAAGUUUGAGGAAAAGAGUUGAGGGACUGAAAUGGAGCCAAGCCAAAACAAUGCUCCUGCAUGCACAUACUCCUUUUAGACCAGACCUCUUCAAAUCAGAUGGCCUCACACUAUGUAUGGCGGAGUUGGUAUUCGGCCCUAGUCUGUAAUCCUCUACACCCCCGCUGCACAGACCCAGAUGGCACAUCUUGAUACUGUAAGAUUACUUCUCCAGCUUGUAGUGCCGAGGAAAGGGUUAUGUAUUUUUAGAUAGCUGCUGCUGAAUUUGGGAAACGCUGACUUCUGCAUCUUGCAGUAUGCACUCUGCAGAAUUGUAUAAUCUGCUUGCAUGUGCUUUGCUCCUAGCCUUCUUGAGUCUCCAGCAAGGGACCAGGGUGCAGGCUAAUUGUGCGCAAUGGGGGGAAAAGGGAUGCGUUUCAUCCAAAACCAAAGGUCUUAAGCUGGUUCUUAUGUGAUUAUGCCCCAAUGAGUGGUCUCAGCUAAUAUUUGUAUUGGUAAUAUAGAGCGCUUAAUCAUCAGAAAAGUAUGAACUAGGUAGGUAAGGUACUUUAACUUCUCUCGUUAAUUUUAUAUCUCAACUAUGUGUCAGUAUAAGAGCUCUUACUGUAUGUAUUAAAGAACCUUUUUCCUGAUGAUGUGAUCUGACCAGGAAAACUCCUGUUACUCUCAUGUAGGAUGCCCAUGAGGCAUAGUAAUGCAGAAGCAUGCUUCUUGUUAUACCAUGGAAUCGCAGGGCAAUACUUUUUUUUGUUGAUAGUUGAACCAUGGCACUGAUGCUGUAAACUACAAUGUGUACUACAAUAGGGAAAUUAUCCUGUAUGUUCCUAAAUUAACAAUCUAUUAAAAGGGAAUUUCUUCUCCCAGGUACAUAAUAUGUAUUAGUUGGGGAUAACAAUAUUAUUGGGGAAGUUAGCUUUUUAACACGUUAAUGUUGGAUAAACAAUUACGACCUAUGGUAUUAUGAGAGGCCGAGCACAUAACACUCCUCAAUUAAUUUGUAACUUGAACAAAUACUUUUUAAUUGUUUCCUUGGUGCACUGCUGCUGGGCGAUUCCAAGUCAGCGGAAGCAGAAAAUAUUGUUAUCUCAGGUUGUUCUGGCAAUUCUCACAUAGUAACUUCAUUGACAGGAAGGAUGUUUAGCAAGCUUUUUACAUUUGUAUCACAAACCAUUUUUUUUAUCAUGGUGAAACUGGCCAUUUUAGGCCCUCUUUAUACCUACGCUGUACAUGCCUCCUGUAAGACCCUAUGAUCUGUGAACAGUACAUGAUACAGAC